UAAGAGCAGCAGUCCGACAUGGCUAAAAGCACGGCCAUCGGCAUCGACCUGGGCACCACCUACUCUUGCGUGGGGGUGUUCCAGCACGGCAAGGUGGAGAUCAUCGCCAACGACCAGGGCAACCGCACAACCCCCAGCUACGUGGCCUUCACCGACACCGAGCGACUCAUCGGGGACGCGGCCAAGAACCAGGUGGCGCUGAACCCGCAGAACACGGUGUUCGACGCAAAGCGGCUGAUCGGCCGCAAGUUCGGCGACGCGGUGGUGCAGUCGGACAUGAAGCAUUGGCCCUUCCAGGUGAUCAGCGAAGGCGACAAGCCCAAGGUGCAGGUGAGCUACAAGGGGGAGACCAAGGCUUUCUACCCCGAGGAGAUCUCAUCCAUGGUGCUGACCAAGAUGAAGGAGAUAGCCGAGGCAUACCUGGGCUGUCCGGUGACGAACGCGGUGAUCACCGUGCCGGCCUACUUCAACGACUCGCAGCGCCAGGCCACCAAGGAUGCGGGGGUGAUCGCGGGGCUGAACGUGCUGAGGAUCAUCAAUGAGCCCACGGCGGCCGCCAUCGCCUACGGCCUGGACCGGAGUGGCAAGGGCGAGCGCAACGUGCUCAUCUUCGACUUGGGCGGGGGCACGUUCGACGUGUCCAUCCUGACGAUCGACGACGGCAUCUUCGAGGUGAAGGCCACAGCCGGGGACACCCACCUGGGUGGGGAGGACUUUGACAACAGGCUGGUGAGCCACUUCGUGGAGGAGUUCAAGAGGAAGCACAAGAAGGACAUCAGCCAGAACAAGCGAGCUGUGAGGCGGCUGCGCACCGCCUGCGAGAGGGCCAAGAGGACCCUGUCGUCCAGCACCCAGGCCAGCCUGGAGAUCGACUCCCUGUUUGAGGGCGUUGACUUUUACACGUCCAUCACCAGGGCGCGCUUCGAGGAGCUGUGCUCCGACCUGUUUAGAGGCACCCUGGAGCCCGUGGAGAAGGCGCUGCGUGACGCCAAGCUGGACAAGGCACAGAUCCACGACCUGGUCCUGGUGGGGGGCUCCACGCGCAUCCCCAAGGUGCAGAAGCUGCUGCAGGACUUCUUCAAUGGGCGCGACCUCAACAAGAGCAUCAACCCCGACGAGGCGGUGGCCUACGGUGCGGCGGUGCAGGCAGCCAUCCUGAUGGGAGACAAGUCUGAGAAUGUGCAGGACCUGCUGCUGCUGGACGUGGCUCCCCUGUCACUGGGGCUGGAGACAGCGGGGGGCGUGAUGACUGCCCUGAUCAAGCGCAACUCCACCAUCCCCACCAAGCAGACGCAGAUCUUCACCACCUACUCGGACAACCAGCCCGGGGUGCUGAUCCAGGUGUACGAAGGCGAGAGGGCCAUGACCCGGGACAACAACCUGCUGGGUCGCUUCGAGCUGAGCGGCAUCCCUCCUGCCCCCAGGGGCGUGCCCCAGAUCGAGGUGACCUUUGACAUCGACGCCAAUGGCAUCCUCAACGUCACGGCCACUGACAAGAGUACCGGCAAAGCCAACAAGAUCACCAUCACCAACGACAAGGGCCGCCUGAGCAAGGAGGAGAUCGAGCGCAUGGUGCAGGACGCCGAGAAGUACAAAGCCGAGGACGAGGUGCAGCGUGAGAGGGUGUCUGCCAAGAACGCCCUGGAGUCUUACGCCUUCAACAUGAGGAGCGCUGUGGAGGACGAGGGGCUCAAGGGUAAACUCAGCGAGGCCGACAAGAAGAAGGUGCUAGACAAGUGCCAGGAGGUGAUCUCCUGGCUGGAUGCCAACACGCUGGCCGAAAAGGAUGAGUUUGAGCACAAGAGGAAGGAGCUGGAGCAGGUGUGUAACCCCAUCAUUAGCGGACUGUACCAGGGGGCAGGUGGCCCUGGGGCUGGUGGCUUUGGGGCUCAGGCUCCCCGUGGCACCUCUACAUCUGGCCCUACCAUUGAGGAAGUGGAUUAAGGACC